AUGUCCAACAUUGUGAGAACCGCCCGCAACCUGUGGAAGGUCGGCGUCAAGGACUACUUCCACCAGAUGAACUACAUCGGCGACACCAAGGCCGGUGUGUUGAUCGGCACCGACAGGUUCGGCAACAAGUACUUUGAGAACAACGAGGAACUGCCGCUGCGAACGCGCUGGGUAGACUACAAGGUCCACGACUUCGACGCCGCACAGAUCGAGCCCGGCUGGCACGCCUGGAUGUCCUACGCCGUCGACAAGGCCCCGUCCCAGGACGCCGGCCUCGCCUACCAGCGCCGCGCCUGGGAGGACAAGGACGCCAAUACCAUUCCCAACCACACCAUGACGAGGGGAGCCUACAAGCCCUACAACACUGUCAAGCCGAAGCACACCGCCUGGGAGCCCGUUGCUGCGCAAAGACAGUAG